AUUUUCAUGAAAGGGACUGUGAAGCGGUGCCCAGCUUUAGAGAGCUCCUGUGUGUAGCUGAAUGUGUGCAUUGCUGACUGAAAGAUAACGUCUUCUGCCUCAAUUUAUCUGUUCGCUACAAUAUGUUGGAUUCAUGUCAAUGUGUAUCUGAAGACAAUAUAUACAAUUCUGGUUCUGAAGAAGUGAAUUUUGUGGAAAAAAAUUUAUAAAUAAAAUAAUAUAUAAAAAAUUGUCUUAUCAACCAAGAAUUUCGCGACCCCCCUGCAGUAACCCCGCGGACCCCCUAGGGGUCGCGGACCCCCUGUUGAAGACCACUGGUUUAAAUAGAUGAAGAGACCAGUGACAUCAGCUCAGAAAGAUUUAUACAAACUGUAAAGAACUCUUAACAAUAUACCUAAAAAUAAAUACUUUGUAGUUAAUGAAACAUUUAUUGACCUUGAGUUAUACGGAAAUAAAAGUAGGGAGGCUAUAUUGUUGUGAACAGAAUCUCCUGCUGCUUAUUGUGUGAAAGUCAAACUGCGGAGAAACACUGGAAACGUCUUAACAACAAACUCUCAGCAACUUGAAAUAAGUAACUUUCUCUCACCAGAUGCAAACACAGUUGAACAUUGUUCACUUAGUUGUUUGUACAUGAAGAUUCAAAAGUAUAGGACCAACAUCAGAACCCAGAGGAGCUCCACUAAAGAACCAUGAGAAACUCACAGAUCCUUGAAGAACUCCAGCUUUAUUUGACCCCUGUUACAAACCUCCUCCUCAGCUGAUUGGUCGGUUUGAGAGACAACUUUCAGAUGUGUGUGUCGAGGUGUCUACAGUGUGUGGGCAUGUCUCUGGUUCCCAUGGCAAUCAUCUGCAUGUUGUCCAACAUCCUGCUGCUGCUUCCUGAGCUGAAGACCAACUUCCUGUCGGAGGGUCAUGUGACCAGGGAGGCCACAUGGGCCACAGGCCUCUGGGCGUCAGGCUUUCUGGUUCUUCUUGGAGCGCGAGCGUCUAUUCGCAGCAGCGGCACCAGAGGCUGCUGUGCAUUCAGGCGUCAGAUGUUGUGUCAGGUGCUGAACUCCACCGGUUGUCUGGUGGCAGCUGGUGGCUGUUGUCUGGUCAGUGUUACUGGCCUCAUUCAGGGGCCCCUCUGUCUCUACAACACCACCACUGGCCCCAUAUGGGGGGUCCCACUGCGGCCCCUUCAUGACUGUCAAUCAAGUUACCUGUACAAUGCCACCCUGUGGUCAGGAGUGUGUCUGCAGCCUCGUGCUGUGGUUCAGUGGAAUGUAGUUCUGUUCAGUGUGAUGGGGGGGGCCAGCGGGCUGCAGACUGUCCUCUGUGCAGCGAACGUCCUGAACUCAGUGCUGGGCCUGAUGCUGGGCCGAGGCCUCCACGCCAACAAGGUCAGUCCAGUCUCAGUUUAAGACGCCCCCUGGUGGAUCAUGAAUGAGGACGAUGCUCAACACUUCAUAUCAAGUUAUAAAAUCUUUGAAAUGGGUUGAAAUCUUUGAGAUUGAAAAUGAGUCUUAUUUUGAAAAGCACAGAUGCACUUUGGAUAGAAUAAGACUUAAAUAUAAAUAAUGACAAUUGUUAUUUAUUAGGGUUCAUUAUUAUGAUUAGAUAAUAUUUAUAUAUAUAAAAGUUAUAUAUGUCACUCGUCAAUGUUCUUGUUUUGUAUCAGUCAGAUAAGUGUGUGUCAGGCAACAUGUAGUAAAUAAAGUGUAUGACUGUG